AUGGCCAAUCCUCUCUCAGCAGCCUCCUUGCUCACCGUUAAGGACUGGGUUAUUGUCGUGUACGCCCAGGCCUUGGCCGCUAAUGGAGCCAAGGUCUACAUUACCGGCCGACGUCAAGAAGUACUGGAAACGAGUGCCCGCACCCACGGAUCUCCAGACAAGAUUGGCUCUUCAGGGGGCAAAAUUGUUCCCUUGGUCUUGGAUGUAACAAACAAGGACAGUAUCAAGAGUGGCGUUGAUUACAUCACCAAGACCGACGGCUACGUUAACGUACUUGUAAACAAUGCCGGCGUUUGGACGACAAAGCCAGAGGCGGGGCCGGAGGACGGACCCGAAAAGUUCGGCAGCUCCAUGUUUGACCAGUCUAUCGACCUUUGGCAGCAAGCCUUCCUCGUCAAUGCUACUUCUAUCUACUUCGUAACAGCAGCGUUCCUGCCACUGCUGGCCAAGUCCGUCUCUAGCCCCACUGGCAAGUUUGGUAGCGUUAUCAACACCACCUCCAACAGUGGUCAGCUUAGGAUUAAGGCUGCGUCGGUACACAUGACCCGUCAACUGGCCUUCGAUUUCAGCCACCAGAACAUCAAGAUUCGCGUCAACGGCAUUGCACCAGGAUGGUAUCCCUCUGAGAUGACCACUGGUGGCUCGAAUGAUAACAACGAGAGCACAGCACAGGAAGACGCGGCAUUCCAACAAGAGAUGCUUGGCAUGGGCGCCCGAGUCCCGCCUGGGCGGAUGGGCCAGCCCAAGGAUCUUGCCAGCGGCCUACUGAUGCUUGCUACAAACGAGUACAUCUGGGGCACGAAUCUUGUCAUUGAUGGUGGUAUCUUACAGAGUGUAGCUGGAAAUAUUUAG